AAUUUUGUAUUUCAGGCCUGGCCCUACUUCCUGCUGUUUAUGCUAAUUGAAAAUAUAAUUUUAUUUAUGGAAAAUAAGCCGAUUUAUAGACUUAAUGAUACACUAACCAGUAUAUCUCACGGCUUAAUACAACAUUCAGGAAAACUAGUAUUUAGAGGCAGCGAGAGUUACUUGUAUUUCUACAUACAUCAACAUUUUUCCCUUAUAAAUCUUCCUUGGAACAAUUCGAUGACAUGGUAUGUAGCAGCGAUAGGAGUAGAUUUUUGUUACUACUGGGUCCAUAGAGCCUGUCAUGAGGUUCAUAUCUUGUGGGCGCAACAUCAAGUGCAUCAUAGUUCAGAAGAGUUUAAUCUAGCUGUAGGCUUGCGGCAGUCCUUUUUUCAUGGGUGGUGUGGAUUUAUGUUCUACCUACCUUUGGCGUUUGUUAUACCACCAGCACAUUUUGUAACUCAUCAACAGUUCAACCUACUGUAUCAGUUCUGGAUCCAUACAGUAACUGUCACCACCCUUGGACCUCUAGAGUAUAUAUUUAAUACUCCGCAGCAUCACAGGGUACACCAUGGAAGUAACAUUUAUUGCUUGGAUAAAAAUUUUGGAGGUGUUUUAAUAAUUUGGGAUCGUCUAUUUGGAACUUUUGCCAGCGAGAAGAAAGACGAGGAAAUUAUAUAUGGUCUUGUUUUUAAUCAACCAUCAUUUAAUCCACUUCAUCUUCAGAGUUUUUACACAAGAUACGUAAUUGAAAGAUUCAAAUGCAUGAAAACCUGGAACAAUAAAUUAGCUGCCAUAUUUUACGGUCCAAGCUGGCAACCUGGUAAACCUCGAUUGGGAUUAGAAGAGGACAAAGUAAAAGUAACCAAAAGAGAAAAAUAUAAUAUUAAUCUUCCUUUUUGGUGCAAUGCAUACCUUCUAUUACAUUUUUCUUUGGUAAUUUAUGGAUAUCAAUACUUAGCAACUCUUCAUAUGACUAUAAAUCCUCUAUCAGUUCUGAUGUUUGUUAUAUAUAUUAUCGCCUCUCUCACAACCAUCGGUAUGCUGUUUGACAAUAAGCCUUACGCAUGUAUCCUGGAAUUGUUAAGAUGUAUAGUACUUGUAACUGCAAUACAAAGAAUCAAUUUCGACAGAAUUGACAGCGAUAUUUUGGCAUACGUAGAAGCCUUUUUUUUGCUGUCAGCACUAUUUUGGUUUCUCCAAAGUAUAAAAGUUCUCCAAGUAUUAAAAAUGAAUGUAAAGUAGAUUACUUUACUCUUAGAUUUGUUGUAA